GUGGUCCCCGGGAUGGCAGUUUGCUGUUUGUCCUUUGCGUAGCAGCAGCCCGCCGAGUUUGAGUAAGUCAAUGCCAGGAGGUAUGGCGCCCCUCAAGAAGCCUCGGAAUCCCACAAAGUUGCCCCUGGCUUUAAACCCCACGAAGAGCAAGGACGUUUUGGCAGUGCUGGCUGAGAGGAACCAGGCCAUAAUACCAGUUGGGGCUUGGGUGGAACCGGCCUCACCAAAUUGGUCGGGAAUUCCAGCACAUACUUCAGCAUACGUAGUUGAAGAGGAAAUAAAGGAACAGCAGCGAAGAAAGCAAGAGUCUCUGAGACAUUUUCAGAGACAAGUCAGACACCGGGUCAAUCAGCGGGUUAAGCUGAGGAAAAAGCAACUACUUCACAAGUCUUACAAAGCAGCAGAAAAGGAGGGCGCCAUAGCCAUGCGGUAUUCAGAUUCGGCACAUUUAACUUCUAAAAGGACAUGUGUUUUCCCUAGCAAUUUGAAUGCUGCUGUUGGAAGUUUUAGGUUACCCACUUCCCAGGUGCUUGGUGAUGCAACAGAAGAUGGAGAGAAUCAGAAUCAGUUGUUUCAACAACAAGCUCAAGCUCUUAGUCAAACUAUGAAACAGGCACGUCACCAGCUGGCAUCCUUUAAAACUGUGAGUGAAAAAAAGACAUCAGUGCUUCCAAAUGGUGGAAGGAAAAGUUGUCCCACCCAAGAGGGCCUUGGCUGUGGGAAAAUUUCAUUUGUUGCUGUAAGUGAGGAGAGAGAUACUUUGUUUGUGAGCUGCCAGCAGGAUCUCCUUUCUGAAGACAAAGAAAAGGCUUUCAGCAAAGUUCAGAAAGUAAAAUUCAAAAAUCCCUUAUCUGUUGUGAUAAAAGAAGAUGAACGAAAGCAAUUACAUCCUCAUAGCCUUCAGGCUGGUCUUCCAGAAGCCCAGGAUUAUUUUGUAGAAGUUCAAAGCGGCCUUCCAGAAUCUCAGAGUGAUGUCAUAGAUGUUGAGCCUAAAGCUUCAAGAAUUGAACCUAAAACUCUAGGUGUUGAGCCAGACACCCAGGCCACUGGAAUGGAGUGUCAGACUACAGAGCCAGAAGGCCAGGUUGUUAAGACAGAGAUUCAGGACAUUCCUAACGUCCAGACUGUUGAGCUAGAUGGGAAUACUGAGUUGGAAGCCCAGGAUUUUCUACCCUCACACCAGGCCUUUCUAUCCAGAGACCAGGAUUCUUUACCCAAAAAUCACUGUGUUCUCCCUAAUUACCCGAAUGUUUUACCUAAAUACCAGAACCAGCAUUUUCUACCAGUAGACCAGGAAUUUCUACCUAGAAACCAACUUGCUUUACCCAAAGAACAGAAUCAUCCACUUAAAUGUCAGAAGCAGGAUCUCCCACCUAAAGAACAGUUUCCCCUGCUGAGACAUCAAUAUAUUUUACCUAUAUAUCAGGACCAAAGAGAUCCACGUGUUCUUCCUAAAUGUCAGGAUCAUGAUGUUCUUUCCAAAGCCCAGAAUUAUCUACACAAUUAUCAGGAGCAGGAUCUUCAACUCCAAAACCAGGAAGUAAACUCUAAGGAGUCAUUCUCUGAUAUAACAGAUGGGAAAGGGAGAGAAAUAUUUUCUCUGGACAUGUUUCCCAAGAAACCCUCAACUUUUAUGAGAAGAGAGAGGGGGGAUAAGGAGUUACCUCUGGAGCUUCCUCAGUAUGCUCCAUCUCAGAUCCAGGACCAAGUCUUCCUUAGAGAACAGAGCCAGCAGCCCUCUGUUAGGACAACUGAAAGGUGGCAAGAGGAUUUGUAUCUCAGUGGCCAUGAAUGUCUUCAGCCCAGACAACGGAGAGACACAUGCAGCAGGCGACAGCAGGUCUAUGAGGAGUAUCGGUCGGGACUGAGCACUGAAGAGCAGGCUCUGCUGGCAUUUCAGUCUGGAGUAGAUCAAGAAGAAGAUAAAAAAGAGCGUCAAAAGCAGUAUCUGAGACACAGGAAGCUUUUCAUGGAUAUUGAGAGAGAACAAGUGAAAGAACAGAACAGACAAAGGGAACAAAAGAGGAGGAUUGAAAAAAUUAAGAAAAAGAAAGAACAACAACGCUAUGCUGAAGAGCAGAGACUCCUAAGAAUGAACUGUCAUGAAGAACCUUAUUCAGAAGAGAAGAUAAGUGAUGUUUUAGCCCAGUUACAACUGGAAGAAAUAAAAGGAGCCAGAGAAAAACAGCAACAAAGAGAAAAAGAGUACAGAAGAUAUGUAGAAGCUUUACGAGUCCAGGUCCAGGAGAAAAUGAAGCUUUAUAAUAUCACUUUACCUCCAUUAUGCUGUUGUGGUCCUGAUUUUUGGGAUGCUCAUCCUGAUACCUGUGCCAACAAUUGCAUUUUUUAUAAAAACUACAGCGCAUAUAAUCGGGCAUUGCAUUCAGUCAUCAAUUCUUCUGAUAUCUCUGAGGGGAACGCAACUCUUCGAAAUGCCAUUCGUAAUUUUGCUUCUGCACAUAGACGGACUCCAAAACAAAGUCUCCACUAAAGAGUGUCAGCAAAAUGCUAUGUCACAUAGAAAACCACAAGACAACCUGAAGCUACUGGAAGCCACCACAGUGUCAACAGUUCCAGCCUCACAGUACACCCUGAGCUACAGCCCUUCCAAAAGGCAUUUUCCCCAUGCCAAGCAAGGAACAUCAAGAAUUUGUUUCUGAAAUUUUGUUUACUUUACAAACUAUAGAUAUGUUUUAUGUCCAGUUUUCAAUUUGGGCCUCACAGCUAAUAUUGAUGUUAAUAUCACCUCACAAGCUGAAAGCGUACUGCUAGAAACAUCUUCAAAUACCUUGUCAUACCAAAAGCAAAAUGCAAAGUAAGGAGAACACAAGAGCACCUUUUAAUUUUAAAGUGUUUGGAAACAUGUACAGCUUGGUUAUAGUUUCAGAGCUCUAGACACACAUGUCCACGUCAUGUAAGCCAGACACUUUGAGAAGCUGCAGUGGGACUAUGGUUAGAUUCUAAAUUAAAUUCAAUGAGGGCAAUAGACACAGCUCAAAUAAGAUGUGUGGAUCAUGGUACUCCCCUCUCUAUGGUAUGUGCAAGGGGAUAAACAAACAUUUCUAGUUGUGCAUGAUAUCUUUAAUCCUACUACU